AGGAUGGACGCGCUUCGAGGGGCCGGAGCCAUGCGGGGACCCUUGUCCGAGCGGAGCCUCGCCCGCUCCGUGGCCCACAGGCUAAAGUAUUACAUUGAUGUGCAAAGGAAAGAAGAGUCCUUUGAUUCAUCCGGAGUCAUCAGUGAUGGAAAUGAAUUACUGCAUUCAGAGGUGGCAUAUCUGAUGAUGCAAGAGGACAAGAAGGAACAUAACUUUGCCAAGAUCAAAUUGGAAGCAUCCUUGCGUGCCUAUGUGGGGAGCGCUGAAGAAUGUAACCGAAAAGUCAAGAAAAGCCCCAAAAAGCAAAAAGAUUUGGAAAAGCUGAUUAAAAAGAUGGCUCAAGAUUAUGUACCGGAGAGAAAGGAGGAGGGAAAAGCAAAAAGGCAAAGAAAACUGCAUGCAACUGCCACCCCGUCCAUGUCACCAGAAAGUUUACGGAGACUUGUUUCAUCUGCUUCCAAGCUGAUUGUGGCCGCUACUUCUGAAAUCUCCCCAGAAGAACUGGAAACAACUCAAGAAAGUGGUUCAUCACCAGAGAGAAGAGAGGAGAAAAAUCUUCCGAGUUUGGGUAAUGGCAACAAGCAGUGCCUUUCUUUCACGCAAUCCCACAAGGAUGAAGCAAGGAGGUAUGGGAGCUUGAGAAUAUUAUGUCCAAUUGCCUUUUUAACAAAAAACUGUGCCCUAAAAUCUCUUCUGGCCAAACAAUUCCAUGUCCCACAAUAGUUUCUGUCCUUCCGGGAUCUCACCUUCUUUUCUCCUGCUUUUUAUUCUGUAUCCAUGCAGUAAUUCCCAUCACUGCUGCAUACU